CUUUUUUCCUGCUUUUUUCUCCCUUUUUUUUAUUUUUAUAAUCGUAUUAAAGGAAAAACAAAAAAAUUAAUACACUAUAAAAAAAUAAAAAAAAACUCCCCCAUGUCAGUGAAAACCGACUCCACCUCCACUCGACCCGGUCUUUCUUCGCUAGGCAAAUAUUCUUCCGCGACCAACAUGCAUAGUAACAGCAGCCCUGGACUGCUCACCCAUCACUUACAUUCGGGGAUGGUAAGCGCUGGGCCACCCGCCGAGCAACUUGAUGUGAACCGCAAUCCACUAGAUGCCUCAGAAUCUAACGUACCGUCAUGCUACACCGUGAUUGACCUCAAUGAUUUAAAAGGCGAUGAACUUCGACAGGCGGUUUUCCAAUUAAUUGAAACUUUGUUUCCCGGCAUGGCUUCUCCAGACCAAGGAACUAUCACGUUGGAACGCAUGUGUGGUGCCAUGACAAAUAGUUCUGUCUUUUUAGUCACCGUCAAUGAUAACCAACGAAUGUUAAUGCGUAUUUACGGGAACGGGUGUGAUCAGAUCAUCGACCGUAAUAAAGAGUUGCACUGGAUCUCACGCCUGUCACAGUUGGAUCUCGGUCCGCGACUGUUGGCAAUCUUUGGUAAUGGCCGCUUUGAAGAGUACCUUCCUUCCACUACUUUGUCCCGUACCGAUAUUCGGAAUCCUACCUUAUCACGCCAAGUCGCUUCCAGAUUGUGUCACUUACAUACAAUUGUCCAAGUCUAUCCUCCCUCUCCCGAAGAAGCUCAGCAACUGGAAGUGUGGAAAAAUGUCGACAAAUGGUACCGUCUCGUUCUCUCAUUGUUACCCGAACUGACCUCCAAAGAAGCUCAAGCCACCAAGCUUCAAGAAUUUGAUAUUGUACGACUGCGAAAGGAAAUUGAACUUUGCAAAAUUAUUUUAGGCCGUUUGCGAAGUCCUAUCGUAUUUGCACACAACGAUACCCAAUAUGGUAAUAUCUUGAAACUUGAAGGAUCGGGAGAUCUUGUGGUGAUUGAUUUUGAGUAUGCCGGUUACAAUGCUCGCGGUUAUGAUAUUGCCAAUCAUUUCUGUGAAUGGAUGUACGAUUACCAUUGCGAGAAGCCUGCUUUAUUGCAAUUGGAUCAGUUUCCGACCAUUGAUGAACAAUUAACGUUUUUAAAAGCGUACGUGGACGCCAAUGAAAAUGAUCACACCGAUAUGGAGGUGCUACACACCGAAGUGUCCAUGUGGGUUAUGGCCAGUCAUCUUUCAUGGGGAUUGUGGGGUUUGAUUCAAGCCUGCCACAGCGAUAUCGAAUUCGACUACUUUUUAUAUUCUAUGCAACGACUCGGUGCUUUCCGUAGUGAGCUCACUAAAUGGACCUCAGCUUAGAUUGUUUAAUGAACCUUUUUGCUUGCUUGCUUGUUUUUUUUUUCUCCUUUCUUGUUUACUCUUAUUGCUUUUUGUCCAUUUUCUUUUUCUUCUUCUUCUCUCGUUCCUCUAUAUUCCAUGGUUGAAUUAUUCUGUUCUCUUCCCCAAAGCCCAUUCAAUUUUUUUUCUAUCUGUUCCUUAUCACAACACACAUGCAAUCCCCCCAAAAAAAGGAAACAAAAAAAAAAGCGUCUCAUCAUAUUAAAAAACACACCCAUCCGGUUCUCACUCCAGCA